CCCCAACAAUACCGUAUGUUUCCCCAAUGGUUUGUUUGGAAUCACUUACUCUAUUACCACGGUAAACACUGCUGUGCUGCUGCAUUUAAAAAUGUCACAACACAAGCAGUCUGGAUUCUGUCACAGUCAUCUGAGAAAUAAAUAGUCCAGCCUGCUCCUGCCCAGACUCUGGCAUCUUCAGCUGUCACGUUCCAGCGGGGGUCAGCCCUCCAAACAACACUGAUAAUCUGCUCAUAUGGAAAACAGAGCGAGAUGUACUGGAACGCCAAGAUCUAACUGUUAUCUACGUGUUGAGUUAAAUAUAUUUAGUGAUAAUUAUACAACCAUGCUGAAGUGAAACAUGAAGCCAGAGGAGGAGCCAGAGUACCAGACACCACCCACCUGCGAUCUGCUCAGCCUUCUGCUGAAGAACAGACGUCCCACUGGAGCUGUCAACGAGGUUUGGCCCAACCUCUACAUCGGAGACGCUGCAACAGCUCAGGAUAAAAGCCUGUUAGUGGAUCUUGGAAUAACACAUGUGGUGAAUGCUGCAGAUGGUCCCCAGCACAUUGACACAGGGCCAUGUUUCUACAAAGACACCACCAUACAGUACCAUGGAGUGGGAGCAGCAGACUGUAAAGAUUUUGACUUGAGCCCAUUCUUCACUGAGACGGCAGAUUUCAUUCAUGGAGCUUUGAGUCAGAAAGGUAAGGUGCUCGUCCACUGUGCUCGAGGUAUCAGCCGCUCAGCUACACUGGUUUUAGCUUUCCUCAUGAUCAAAGAAAGACUUACACUGGUAGAGGCUGCGGAGGCCGUUCGCAGGCACAGAAACAUUCUUCCAAAUGUUGGAUUUCUGAAUCAGCUCUGUAAUUUGGACUCUUUCUUGGCUCUGCAGAGAAAAAACAACAUAACAUGAAGAAGUGGAGGGCGAUCAUUGGGAGAGAAUUUGCUCCAUUGAGGAUUUGUGAAUCAUUGGUUUUGCACGUUUUGAUCUGUUAAGUGUGGAUCACAAUGUGUUUACAUUACAACAGACUAUUUUCAAAACAUGCCUGCCUAGUUUGAGAUUAUUCAAUGUUUAUUGAGGCAGCUACUGGUUCCCUAUAAUUUAUUGUUAGAGAUAUAUAAUAAAUUAGAACACUUUUCAAACUUGAGUUGUGUGAUCCAAAACAUUGAAAAGUAACACUUUUACUGCAGUGUAGGUUCAGAAAGAGUUGAUACAUCUGUCUUGUAACUUUAUAAGAAAUGUCAAACAUAAAUUCUGAUUUGAAUAAAAUCACGCCAAA